GGGUGGGGGGGAAGAGUCAAGAGAAGCAAAGAGCUCAUUGCGAAAGGAAGAAGCCCCUGAAAAAGUGGUUUCUUCUGCCACUUCUGCACUGCGUGGAGGGGCAAGCAAGCUGGAUUAUGACUGCUACAGCCAUGGCUGGCAGUGUGCACAAACUCCCCAGCACCAAGGAGGAAAGAAAGUUAAGGAAGCCUCUGAUUGAGAGGAAAAGGAGAGAAAGGAUUAACAACUGUUUGGACCAGUUGAAGGAAGCAGUUGUUGGUGCCUUUCAUCUGGAUCAAUCAAAGCUUGAAAAAGCAGAUAUCCUUGAAAUGACGGUGAAACAUCUCCAGAAUAUCCAAAAUAACAAGAUAAUGGAGGAGUCCACAGAGGGCCUGGAAGCUCAGCAGAGAUUCAGCACCGGCUACAUUCAGUGCAUGCAUGAAGUUCACAACCUCCUGCUCUCCUGCGAGUGGAUGGACAGGACGCUGGGGGCCCGUUUACUCAAUCACCUUCUCAAGUCGUUACCCAGAUCCAGUGAAGAAACCUGUAAAACCUCCAUGAAGUCUUCCACCUCAACUUUCACCCCUCCAGAAGCUGGGAAAAAUCCCAUCUCCAGAAAGGGAAAGGCUCCAGACCCUACGUCGCCUCGGGACCAGUCCUCCCUCAAGGAGGACAAGCCCUCUGAGAAGAAUCCACCUCAGUCACCUCUUCCUUCUCCAGUCCCGAUACUGCAACCCAAUCUCUCACAUAACCACCAGCCAAGAGGGCUGGGGGCACUAGAUAUGUGGAGACCGUGGUAAAACUGUUUAGAACCUUCCCUCUAAUCCGAGGCGGUUCUAUAUAUAUCUUAUAGAUAUGUUUCUUUAAAGCACUUUUUGGAACAGGACUGUUCUAGUGGGUGUCCUAAAGACCAGGGUACUUCCAGCAGAAGUAAACCUCUGUGUAGCCUGCAUUGUAGAAGGCGGCUAUUAUUGUGUAUUUAUUUAAUGCAAUUAAAUUAUUGUAAUCAAAACUUCUCCUCUUGCUCUUUAGGGCCUAUCAAUUGUAACUUUUCUCCCCAUUCCCAAGGCUAUGAAAAGAAUUAACAUCCUACUAAUAAAAACAGAUGCUUGAGGUGUUUCUCAGUAUGGCACACUACUCCCAAAUCUCUCCCCAACCUUAUCCUCAGUGUUACAUGCAUCAUUUCAAGAAAUCUGGAUUUGACUCCCAUGGAAAGAGCAGGGGCCUGGGAGUCAGAAGGUCAUGAGUUCUAAUCCCGAC